AUGACGUAUAUUACCGUACCGCGAUGUCUCACACCUCCGCUGCAACGGCAUGGCACGGCAGUUUCUAUUGAUCAAUUGAGGUUAGAUGGGUUCUUUGUUUGCACUCAUCCUAAGUGUCCAUACUGGCUUUUGUGGAUUCAAAACGCCAAAGAUAACCCGAGGUUGUUGAUUGGUGCACAUGACACAGGACGUCAUUUCGUUUAUUUUGUAAACUUCCGCCCUGCGCAUCCAUCCAUGCCAGCAGGACAUGAGGAAGAGGAGAGUCAGCGAGCGUGUAACGUAAAACAGAACAACGCAACAGAACAUCUAGACGAUUAUUCCUCCGAAACGAAUCCGAAGCUGCCCUCAAUGGCGAUGUUUCACAAGGUCAGGCACUAA